AUGAGUUCCCCUGGCAACCAGGAGUCCCAGCUGGGACAAGAACCGGCGGAUGAUGGUCAACCUCACAGGUUCCCAGGGAAGGGAACGGUUCCUGUUACACCAGGAGCUAGAACUGGAGGUCGAUCACCGGACACUGGUGUGUCCAGAGCUCCAUCCAUGAUGAGUGAUUGGUCAAUAGACGACCCUCCCCGCAUGACAGAAGAGGACAGGGAACAAGAAAUGGGAUUGGAACAAGACACAGACAGCCAGGCCAAGAUGCUAGAUCUACCUCAUAUUUUUAAGGUGCUCGAGGAGAAGAUCUUCACUUUUGUAAAGAAUGAGCUGCAGAGAUUUAAGCACAGCUUAAGUCCAGACUCCAAGGAAAACUUCAAUAAAAUAUCCGAGGAUGAGAGUGAUGCCAGAGAAGGAGCUCUCAAGAUGGCACUGCACUUCCUUCGCAAGAUGGAGUACCAGGAUCUUGCUGACGAAUUGAAUGAAAAUGAGUUGAACUUGGGUUGUCAGAAUUACUUGAAAAGAAAUCUUAAAAACAAGUACCAGCAUGUGUUCGAAGGCAUAGCCAAACAUGGAAGUUCUGUUCUGCUGCAAAAGAUCUACACAGAUCUCUACAUCACAGAGGGAGGAAGUGGGAAAGUCAAUGAGGAUCAUGAAGUCAGACAGAUUGAGUCCAAGUUCAAGAGUUUAGCUGGGCAGGACAAACCUAUCAAGUGUGCCGACAUCUUUAAACCCUUUAAACCCUCUCCUGAUCAACACAAACCAAACAGAAGAGUUCUCACAAAGGGGGUGGCUGGCAUUGGCAAAACUAUCUCUGUGCACAAGUACAUCCUAGACUGGGCCGAGGGAAACAACAACCAAGAGAUCAAUUUCAUCUUCCCACUAUACUUUAGGGAGCUCAACCACAUGAGAAACAAGAAGUUCUCUUUGAUGGACCUUCUUUACUGCUUCUUUCCAGAGCUUAAGCAGCUUACCGUUGACAUCCAGAAUAAAUUCAGAGUGUUGUUUGUCUUUGAUGGUCUGGAUGAGUGUCGACUCCAACUAAACUUCCAUGCAAAUGAAAGUGUGCAUGAUAUAAAAGUUGUCAAAUCAUUGGAUGUACUCUUGACAAACCUACUGUUAGGUAAUCUGUUCCCAUCUGCUCUAAUCUGGAUAACCUCUCGACCAGCAGCAGUUGGCAAAAUCCCUCCUCAGUGUAUUGACCUGGUGACAGAAGUGCAAGGAUUCAAUGACUCCCAAAAGGAAGAGUACUUCAGGAAGAAGAUCAAUGAUAAUAGUCUUGCCAGCGGAAUCAUAUCACACGUUAAAUCAUCAAGGAUCCUCUACAUCAUGUGCCACAUACCUGUGUUUUGCUGGAUUGCUGCUACGGUUCUUGAGAUUAUUCUUUCUUCUGGACAUACACAGAUCCCAAAGACUUUGACAGAAAUGUACACAUUCUUCCUGAUUUUUCAAACAAGACAGAAGAACAUUAAAUUUGACAAUGUCCAUGACCUUGAGCCACAAUGGAACCAUAAGCUGAUCCUAAAUCUCGGAAAGCUGGCCUACAAACAGUUAGAAAAGGGAAAUCUGAUCUUUUAUGAAGACGACCUCAGGGAGUGUGGCAUUGACGUCAAAGAGGCAGCAGUGUACUCAGGAGUAUGCACCCAGAUCUUCCGGGAAGAAUCAGGGAUCUUUCUGGGAACAGUGUUCUCCUUUGUGCACCUCAGUAUCCAGGAGUAUCUUGCCGCCCUGUAUGCAUUUCUGAAGAUGGCAUUUGGAAGGAAAGACGUAAUAUCAACAGCCCCUCAAAAAGCAGAGUCCAUGAUCCUCUUGCAUAAGAGUGCUGUGGACAAAGCUUUGGAUCAUGAAGAUGGACGCUUUGACCUUUUCCUUCGCUUCCUUCUUGGCCUCUCUCUGGACUCAAACCAGUCUCUCCUGCAUGGUCUGAUCAGUAGAGGACAGGUGGGCAUCAAGGGGAAGAUCAGGACUGCUCUUGGCCUAGCUGGCCAUCAAGGUCAACUGGAGAAAUGGCAGAUGGACAAUGACGAAACAAUUAGGUACAUUAAGGACAAGAUAAAGGAUGUUUCCUCAUCAGAAAGAAUGAUCAACCUCUUCCACUGCUUGAAUGAACUCAAUGACCACUCCUUAGUGGAGGAGAUCCAGAGGUUCUUGAAUGCAGGCAACCUGUCUGAAGCCCAGCUUUCGCCUGGCCAAUGGUCAGCUCUAGUGUUUGUGCUGCUGACAUCAGACCAGAAUCUGGAUGUGUUUGACUUGAAGAAGUAUGUCAGAUCUGAUGAAGCUCUCCUGAGAUUGAUGCCAGUAGUAGAGGAAUCCCACACAACUCUGGUUGAUAGCUGUGGGCUCACUAAAAUGAGUUGCAAAACAUUUGCCUCCAUGAUCUGCAAGCAGUCAUCAAAGCUGAGAAAUCUGGAUCUCAGUAGCAACCAUAUUGGAGAUGGCGGAGUCAAGAGGCUGUGUAGUGGCCUGAAGAACCCAAACUGUUCACUGGAGACCCUGAGGUGUAGCGCCCCCUGCAGUAAAGACUACGCCACCCCUUGA